CAAAUCUUGGCUGGAUACAUGUUUAUGAUUGGCAUGGAUAUGUACACGGAUUCAAGCUGGCGUUAUCCGAUGGAGAUGGCCAUGUCCAUAUAAGUUAGUUAAAGAGACUAUCAUGUUUAAAUGUUGUUGCUGCUGUUGUUCCACCUCUGAAUAGGUCUGACACCGACCCUCGCUGCCACCCUUACCUAUUAUUACAAUGGCUGACCUCACCCUCCGCAACCUCACGGCGACCCCCUUGGAGCUUAAGCUCGUCGAGCGUUUUGAGGGUCAGCCUGUUUCCAUUGCUGGUGUAGACGAUGUCAAAAGUCUUGCCGCUAACUUGACGAGUAAGAUCGGCGAUAUUUUCAAUUCGACGUCAGGACGUGUGUCGCCCGAUGUACAAGUCAAGGGCGAGGCGAGGGACCGUCGUGAUGUCUCUAUCGCGCUCAAGCCCUUUGAGACCCGUACAACGGAUAUCCGUGCCGCGGAUCCCGGGCGUGAAGUUCUACGCCUAACCUUUGAAUCGCAAGGCCACCGGUACCAGACCGAUGUGCCGAGCGCUUCAAAGAAGAGCACAGUAAUGAAGAGACUAGACGGUGCACCUAAUGAGUACACCGCAAUCUACAUCCAGGCUGGGGGCUGCCUUGCCAUUUUCAGUUCCGCUAAUCUCUCUCGUUGGAUGAAAGAGAUUCGCGAUGAGUACCCUCUGACAGCGCUAUCCUUACCGGGCACACAUAAUAGUCCGACCUGUCAUGUUGCAUUACCUUCGGUGCGAUGUCAAGCUGUUGGCGUACGUGACCAAUUAGAGAACGGCGUUCGCUUUCUCGAUGUGAGGGUCAACGUUAACCAAGACGAUACGACCCUCACUCUGGUACAUAGCGCAUUUCCCAUUUCGCUAACGGGAAAUAAAUACUUCAAGGAGCUGGUUGACACGAUCUACUCCUUUCUGGACGCUAAUCCCUCAGAAGCGAUAAUUAUGAGUGUGAAGCGCGAAGGAACAGGGCGUGGCACGGAUCAGAAACUAUCUACGCUGCUUAAAGACAAGUUUUAUGACGACAAGCGAUGGUACACAGAGCCCCGGAUUCCCAAACUAGGCGAGGUUCGCGGGAGGAUCAUCCUUCUACGGCGACAUGCUAAUGACGAGAGCCUGAACCGUGAAUGGGGCGGCCGUGGUUGGGCCCUUGAUGGUAGCGUGUGGCCGGACAACUGCGAGGAUGGGCGCGUGGGUAGUGGGAUCGCACGCGUGCAAGACUUUUACGAGGUCGACCAGACCACAAAUAUCCAGAAGAAGAUUGAGCUUGCGCGCAAACACCUCGAGCGCGCUGCCGAGGGCGCCUGUCACAUUCCUGGUCAGGAAGGCUAUCGUAAGGACGCUCCCACAACGCCCUUUUUCAUCAACUUCCUAAGCGCAAGCAACUUCUUUAACGCCAACUGUUGGCCGGAGAAGAUCGCAGCCAAGGCUAACCCGGCCAUCAUCGAAUAUCUCUGCUCGCGCCACGGUUGUACCGGUAAAGGGCCGGCUGGCUUGAAGGUUGGCGAUGCUACAACUGGCAUCGUUGUCACGGACUGGGUUGGUCAGCAGGGCGACUGGGACCUUAUCAGAUGCAUCGUUGGAUGGAAUGCUAAGCUGCAGCUAAAACAUUAAGCUAUGAACACCACCUUACACGGUACU